UUCUUUGGACAACGGAUUCCUUGUUAUUGCAUCAAAACUUCAUUAAUCUUGGAAAUGCAGCAGUUACUGAAACUCGUUUUUGUUCUCUUGUUGUGCGUGUCUGGGUCGCGGCCCUUUCAGGUAAUUUGAAAUAAUUUUCAUUGCAUGGGACUUUGACAGUGCAAAAUGUGUCGAUCUGCUUGUUAAGGCAAUAACAGUCAUUUGAAAUGUUUCUUACUAUUUUAGUUUUCGUGUUAUCUGAAGUUUGCAUAUCAAGCUUAAAACUAAAAACUUUGACUGAUGUUCAAGGCCUUGUGGCGUAAUCAUGUUCAAAUUCAGUAUUUGUCCAUCCAUAAAACCCGUUAAAGAAAUUAUAUUUUCCUUUUGUUUUUGUUUUUGCAGCCCACAGAAGAGCAUAAGUACUGUUCCCGGCCAGGCGAUUGCGCUGCUCAAGUUGAGUGCUGUGUUAAAUCACGUGAAAGACCUGGUGUACGUUAUUGCUCAACUAUGCUCGAACUCGAUGAUGUUUGCACCCCUGUGUUAAUAGUGAGUAUAACAACUACAGUGUUUCAGGAAACUGUGUGAAGAAGUGACGAAAAUGCGUUGGUCUUAUUUUGGUCACAACUUUGCUGUACGGCAUAUCUAGACGGAUUUUUGACCUCUUCCACGUGUCAUACAGUGUUUUGGGGCCAUAAACUGUCUUCAAAGCAACCAAUAUAAAAACUUAGAGUGCAACCAUUACUUUUUUCAUUCUUUCUUUUCCAACUCGCUCUUUUUUCUCCUUUCCUUGUCUUUUUGCUGGUGAGAUUUUCGAGCGAGACCGCGAGCAGUCUUUUUCUUCUCUGCGAGUUACGUGGCUCUCACGAAAGAAAGGCCACCGCUCGCGGUCAAUAUUGCCACUUAUCGCUGAGUUCGUUUUCGAAAAAACGGAGUAAAACUAAAAGGAAUAUCUGCAAGCAAACAACAACAACAAGAAACAGGAUACAACAAAACAGAACACGCACCGGGAAACAGGAAAAUAUUAGUUGGAGCCGGGAAAUGUUAUGCGCAUGUCAGGCGCUGUAAAAUUGUCACGUGAUGAUUUACUGUGAAACUCACAAAAGCAUGAACACCAAAAAUAUUUGUGGAAUGUUAUUGUGUUGCGAGAAAUUAGCCAAUAAGGCGUGAGAUAUCUAAACCGCAAACAGUAACAGUAAUUAGUUGGUGGUUUUGAGGUUUGCUUGCGUAUCCUGAACUUUACUGCAAUUGGCCAGUACACAAUCAACUUUCCUGAAAUUUUUCAAGGGUUCACAUUUUUCUGAGUUUGACAGUAAAAUCUUCAGUCGUGUCUAGCUAAUGAAGAUGUUUGAGAUGAAAAUAUUUCUGUUAAAACUAUUCUAAAAUUGGCUUUCCACCUUUUUAGCCUGGCCUGGACUUUUCCUGUCCUUGCACCCCAGGACUGACAUGCGCAAAGACGGACGAUGACGACAAAGAAAAUUCUCAGUACAAAUGUAUCCCUGUUCCUAUAAUCGAGGACGAAAGAGACUGA